AGGAAAAUUGCCUGAUGAAAGAUUUUGGAUGAACAACGGUCCACGGAGGCUGACAAUAUUUCCGUGUCGUUUCCUUGACCACGCUCGUUCUUCUCGACAACACAAGGUUUCACUCCUUUACGGCUAGACAACUGUCUCUUUCGCUUAGACAACGACGCUCUUUUUUCUUCUGUCUUUUCUGCGACGUGAAUCUUACCUCACCGACCAACGAGGUUUAGUUGGGCCUUCAAACUUUUUCAAACACACCAACGCGCGACAAAAUCCAGUGAAGAUGGCCAAACCUAGGAUUUCUUUCCUUUUCUACAUCACACUCGUUCUUUCCUUGGUCAUCGCAUCGGACGCAAAAGCAGUCGACUACAAUCACCAAGUGAGCCACAACCGCUUCCUCAAGAAGCGGGCCCCCCAGAUUGGUACACUUCCUGGCACUCCCCAGCCUGUCAACGGAGCAGGGGCUAAUCCUACUAUAACUUCUGCCGUCGAAACGCAGUCUGCAUCAACGGCAACUACAGCUGAUAGCACACCCGCAUCUUCUGUGUCUUCUGCAUCCUCUUCAUCCUCUGCCACUUCGACAUCUGCUGGGCUAGUAGGAAGUAUAGUCAGUGCAGUUUUACCGACGACGACCUCUUCCUCUUCCUCAUCCUCGACAUCUUCAUCCUCUACCUCCCCAACGAGCACCCAAUCAACAUCGUCGACACCAUCAACUACCCAAAGUCUUCAAACUAGUCCUGGUGCGACUGCUACGCCUGUGCAGACGGGCUCUCAAACCUCCCAAUCAGUGGUGUUCAUUACCAACACUGCUGCCACAAGUGCAAGUGCCACACCAUCUUCCUUGUCGUCUUCUUCUACUGGUAUCACGCACACCGCCCUCAUCGUCCUCAUCGUCAUUGCUACAAGUGUCGGUGGUUCUAUCAUCAUUUGGACCAUCAUUCGCAAGUGGAAGUUUGGCAAAUCUUCAAGCUUUGAUGACCGCAUGCAGCCUAUUGACUGGCAGCCGCCCAGUAACAAUGACGAUGAUAAUGGUGGUAUUCCCGGUCUGAACCGCCGUAACUCCAAUGCAUCUUCAUUCCACUCCGGCUCUGGUCACGCUGGCAUUGGUGCAACAGUGCUCAACCCAAUUCCUGACCAUGAUUUCACCGCAGGGCCUGCCAAUCUCGCACCUGUUGGCGGUUAUGCUGACCUUGCGCGUGGUCCCAGUCCUCAGCCCAUGAUGCAGGAACUCGCGCGUGGUCCUAGUUUCAACUCGCAUCAGUAUCAGUCUGACCAGUAUGGCGUUCCGCUUCACCAUGGCGGGUACGCCACGGGAUACUGAGCUAGCCUAUUGACGCGGAGAAAAGCUAGAUGGUUGCAAGCGGUCCAUUCUUCACCAUCCCGAGUGGAGUGAAGGCGGAAAUCUAUUCAUUUCCAGCAUUACUCACCUUUUUAUUCUGUCGUAUCAGUCAAUACAUUCGCUUGCUGGACAAAUGCAUUCGCCUCAUUCCGUUUCCGUUUACGUAUACGCGGAUUCCUAGACGACAAACAUUAUGCUUAUAUUCCUCGCGUCUAUACUAUUACCCAAGUCAUUGCAGUUCCUUUCCCAUCUCGUACGUAUACCCCCCGUUGCUAUUUUUGUGUUCUUGAUGUUAUGCAUUACUGGCCAAGCAGUGCGGUCAGUUUGUUUAUAUUACUUGCACGGUCGGGUACUGCUUGUCUGAAUGAAAGACUGCUGCUAUUUGUGCAGGAUGAUAUCACAGAACAAUGU